AUGGAAGGCGAGGCCAACAAGCAGUGGAUUUAUGUCAAGCGACCUGAGGGCGAGGUGACAGAGGAGCACUACAAGCUGGUGGAGACACCCGUGCCGCAGCCUGGUGAGGGCGAAGUGCUGCUCAAGGCCCUCUUCAUCACCGUCGACCCCUACAUGCGCAUCCAGCAGGCGGCGACCAACACGUGGGAAGCGCCUCACCCGCUGAACAAGGUUCAAGGCGCUGGUGCCGUGGGCGAAGUCCUCGUCUCCAACGACACGACGGGCAGGCUCAAGAAGGGCGACGUCGUGUUGAGCUACUCGGGCUGGCAGACUCACGCCGUCGUGCCUGCCGCCUCCUGCCGCAAGAUCGACUGGGAUCCCAAGGUGGCGCCGUACUCCUACGCGUUGGGCGUGCUGGGAAUGCCCGGCCGCACGGCCUACUUCGGGCUCUAUGAGGCGGGCAAGCCCAAGGCGGGCGAGACCGUGGUGGUGUCGGGCGCCGCCGGUGCCGUCGGCUCCAUUGUCGUUCAGCUGGCCAAGAUCAGAGGCUGCCGAGUCGUCGCCAUUGCAGGCAGCGAUGACAAGCUCCGGGGUUCCGGAGCGCAGUGGCUCAAGGAGGAGCUCGGCGCCGAUGAGGUGUUGAACUACAAGGGCUGGAAGACUGUGGACGACGCGCGCCAGGCGCUCGAGCAGGCCUGCCCCAAGGGCGUCGACGUCUACUUUGAUAACGUGGGCGGCAUCAUCACGGACGCCAUCAUCCUGCACCUCAUCAACACCUUCGCGAGGGUCAUCAUCUGCGGGCAGAUCUCGCAGUACGAGGGCCACCUCGACAGUCCUCAGCUGGGUCCUCGCUUCCUUCACCGCAUCCUCUACACGCGGGCCACCAUUCAGGGCAUCCUCGCCCGAGACUACAAUGACCGGAUGGACGAGAUGCUCCAGCAGAUGGUCCCCUGGCUCUCCGAAGUCCCUUCGAACGUAGGCAAGCUCAAGUACGCAGAGACUGUGGUGGAGGGCUUUGAGAAGCUGCCCUCCGCGCUCAACUCGCUCUUCUCGGGGAAGAACACAGGCAAGCUCGUCGUCAAGGUGUAA